AUGCCUGUCGCCAGUGCCGACGUCGACGUCCCGAAACGAUUGUCGUUCUUAAGCGGUUCGCAGACGAAAGACUUUGAAGACGGCUAUGUCCCUGUCAAGACGCCCCAGCUAGAAGACGGAGCUCUUCGCGAAGGGGGGAUGCCCGUGCUCACCAGCAAGGAGAAUGCCGGUCUUCUCUUCCAAUACGCCGUCGUCGGUCUCGUGUACGGCCUUCUACCGGAGACCAUCUACCCGUUCAUGCAGAACUAUCUCAAUUGUUCCGGAGCGCAGACUGUCGACCGAUUUGUGGUUACCGUCGUCGUCCGUACAUGUUGA